AGGAUCUCGCCACAUAAGCAGCAGCAGGUCUCUGUUCUGCUAUGGCGUUUGAUGGAUAUCGUGUCUGGAAUAACAGCCGAAGCUCUUAAAUCUUGGAUUAAUGACUGAAAGUACCAUUGCUUUAUACAGACAAGAAAGCACAGAAGCCCGUGUGCGCAGCCUGUGUGCGUGGCGUGGAAAGCAAGUGUCCACGUCCGUCCGACCGUUUGCUGAGUCAGGACGCAUCAAGUCAGGCUCGCCUUCGUGUUGUUCUGUAUAUAGGCUAUUCUCUCCACUUUCCUCUAUAUUCUUAUCUCACUGACCCAUGAGCUUUGGCGUUGCGCUCAAUUGACGUCUGGUUUCUGAGCACAUAUCGCGCCAUGCGUCCCGGGAUUGACAUCAGUGUUUUUUCACGGAGUAUGAAGUUGUUCCCUUUGUAGCGCAGGAUCCACUCGAUCAUUUCUGGCGCGUUCUCGGUAUUUACGGUUGGACCAUUGCGCACCUGGCGCUCUCUCUACAGCGGUUGUUUCAUGAAUGGACGGGGCUGGUUUUUCGCUUCGCUGAGGGAUUAUACCGUGUCCGACCUUCAUUGCGGAAAAAACACUGUCGCGGACUGAUGCGAAAGCCCGCCGCUGAAGUACGUGCUCCCCGAGCGUUGAUCCUGUUGUGAUCAUGUCUUUACACAUUGUGGCCCUGGGUAGCGAGUGCCCUGGGGGUGGGGGCGUUGGGCCUGGGGAGGAGACCACUGGGCAGGUGCAAGGUGGCUUGCUAUGGAGUUACCUGGGCCAUGGAGCUCGGGAACUGGAUCCGAACUCUGCGACGCCAUCUAGGCAUCCCCUCAACCCUGCGUUUAUGGAGUACCAGUCUAGAGUGCUUGGGGAUGUUAAAGUGAUGGUGCAAGAUUGCCCUAGCUGGGAUCUUUUGGACAGUGAUUGGGCGAGCGUGCGAAGUAUUCUGGAGCAGGCUGACAUUGUGGUCAUUAAGUACUCUGUGAACGAUAAACUGGCCUUUCAGCAUGUCCGAAAUGGUUACGCCCCGAGACUCCGCCCACUUCUCCACCACUGGGGCGUGCCUGUGAUUCUUGUAGCUGUGGGGGCAAGGCUAAAUGACGAAGGCCCACCGUGCACAUGUCCGCUCUGUGCAUCAGACUGGAGCAGCUGUGUACCACACAGUGAAGGACUUCAGUUGUCCAGGGACCUGGGGGCCACUUACCUGGAGCUGCCCUCGCUGAAUAACUUCUUUGUCGGUCGAUAUUUUGGCAGUGUGUUGGAAUACUUCAUGAUUCAGUGUCUGAAGCAGAAAGCCAAAGAACGUCCAGACAAACGACGGGGUCACAGGUUCACCGAGCCCCGCCCCCCUCAUUUGGACCAGCCAGCACGUCUUCCGCCGGUGAGAGUAGAGGAAUCCAGCUUCUCUCAGGACCUGCAGUGGCUGCUUGAACGCGGUGUUCAGUUUGCCGACGUGGCAUUCUAUGGUGGGGAUUCUGGGAAAGAGCUGGGCUGGGCACACGCCUCCGUGCUGUGUGCCAUCAGCCCUUACUUCAGACAGCUGCUGGUGGGACGGCAAGCAUGGGAAAGGCCUGUCUCGCGGUGCACCUGUAGGGAGAGAGAAGGCCCCCAUUCACUCAUGUCCACCUGGGAUGUAGGCGUGGAUGAUCUACCCAGAGCGGACGGGCACCCUUCUGGACACAUAUCCCGGCUGGUUGUGAAGGACCCGCUGUUGUGUUUAUGCCUGUGGGAGACGUUAAUGUUUCUUUACAGAGGGGCCUGGGAAUGGGAAUACCUGGAGGAAGCCUUCGCUGAAAAAUUAAAGAACCCUUUGGCAGUGGCCCAGCUGAUGGACAGAAUACGCUCAUUCGUCGGGAGAGAAAAGGCCCCCAGGGACACACCCACAGCCCGCUCUCAACAAGGUCCUCUGACACUGGGCAGCCUUUUUAAUUCCCCCCUUUACUCUGAUGUUAUCUUCAUGGUGCAAGGCAAUGUACUGCCAGCACACAGAGCCGUGCUUGUGGCCCGCUGUGAUGUCAUGGCUGCCAUGUUUAGCGGGAAGUACGCGGAGGCACGGAGUCGCGUGGUGCCCAUCCACGGAGUCUCCUCAGACACCUUCCUAGCCUUCCUGGAGUACCUCUACACUGACACCUGCUGUCCAGAACGGACAGAAAGGCUGACUUUGAUUGACAGUGAUGCGUGUCUGUGUUCAGCCAGUGUGCUGCAAGCCAUGGCAGUGCUCGUCUGCGCAGAAAUGUACCAGGUGAAGCGUCUGCAGCACCUGUGCGAGGUGUGCGUCUGCGCGUAUCUUCAGAACAUGCCCAGUCGAGAGCUAGCAUCCACGGGCAUUAGUGUGAUCCGUUUAUUGAAAAGAGCAAAGUGUCACAAUGCUGAUCAACUUUACGUCUGGCUCCUCCAUUUCAUUGCCAAUAACUACCUGAUCUUCAGCCACAAGCCAGAGUUUCUGGAGUUAUCAGGUGAGCCGCCCUCUGACCAUCUGGUACGGGUGUUCACAUGCAUUAGAAUGCAUGCACACAUAAUCAUUUCUGACUCUUACACAAAAGCCUGUUACAGCACCCUGUACCACUCCUAACAGCUGGUGCCGUAGACAAGCCCAUGCAAAUCACUGCAUAGUUCCUACUGUGAAACACUAAGUGCAAAUGUUAGGUCAUUCCAGAAAUAAAUUCAGCAUUUUUAAAAACAAAUUAGUGCAUACUCUUAAAGAGACCGAAUACGUUUUUGUUUUUUACUACAAAGAAACAACAGAAAGGUUCUGGAUGUUCAAGUUCCAACAAAGCAUCUUUCAGAAAUCUUUCUUUUUAAGUGUACUGCCCAUUAAAAAAACUAUUAGUGCAACUAGUGUAAGACAGCAGUGUUUGUGUGCAAAUGAAUACAUCAAGCAAACUGUAAGUUUAACUAUUUUACAUCAAGUUCAAAAUACAUAAUUUUCCAUUUACAAUGCGUUAUGAAAAAGAUUAUUAUGCCAAGUUACAUUAUUCAGUCCAUAUUAAAGCACAUUGCAGAGUUGGUUAAUGUUGUUUGGACGAAGAUUUCUUUUGGACUGAAAUUUGUUGGACGGAGAUACUACAAUGUUCACACAGCGGGGAUAUAUAGGGAUAUUGUAGCUAUGACUUCUUUGUUGUCACGGUGAUGUUCUUCAACAGAUGAGGAGCGUGAGCAAGUGGAGCGUCUACGCUGGCCUUCCAGAGGUUACCUCCAGGAGCUCAGCGAGUACCAGCAACGCAGACGACAAAUCCGCAAGUCUCGCUGCAACAUCAUGUGACCCCUUCCUCACCC